UGCGCAUGUCUGUCCUUGGCUAUGGAGCUGCGCCGACGUGCAAAGCUGACGAAGCUGCUUCUUGCAGCACUUCUCCUAUUCUCUGGGUGGGAGCUGUGCUUCACCUCUCUUACAGGGAUGCGGCGAGAGUGGGGGCAGCCUGCAGUCUGGAAAGCCAGCGUGCUCACAGGCAGCACAGUGAGCUCGAUCCUGAGUUACACGGCACGCGAUGUGUGGGCGCCCACGUUGCGAGGGAGUGAAACAGCCUUCGGUGAAGGGCGCCAGAAGCUGAAGGCGUACUACAUCAACACGGACUUGGAUGAUGCGCGCAGAAGCGGUCUGGAGAGUACGUGUGUCCAGUUAGAUUUGGAUUGUGAGCGUGUGAUGCCUCCGAAGCUAGGCAGUGAAGAAGUCUUGAAUUGCGUCGACAGCACGCCUCUGCGAUCUUUUGAGUGUUCCUUGGUGUACGCACACCGCGGCAUCCUGAAGCAGAUAAGCUCUGGAAAUGCGGAAGCUCUCAUCCUGGAAGACGAUGCCAGGCUGAAUGGCGAUGUAGCUGCAGAGUCUGCCAAGGAGAUGCUUCAGUCUGCAAGAGAACGUGACUUCGUGAUGGCCGGAUGGUGCGAUCCAUCCUGCGCGCACGCCUACCUCGUGUGGCUUGGCAUUCGACCCAUGGUGCACUUGCCUGACCGGUACUUUGCAUUCGAGGUAUUCGCAACACAUGUAACUGCCUCCCUGGAUCUCGACUGCCUUGAAACAGGUAUCCGGGAGAUUUUGGCCUGUUCUGCCAAGAUCGUGCCACUCCACACUGCAAGUCUUAUUCGUACUACUAAUUCAGAUGAUGGGCCUGUGACAGUCGAGGAUCAAAGCCACGACAGGGAACAGACGGACUCUGUUGUGGUUGACGAGGUGAAGGUGAAAGCACUCCAGACAGGAAGUGCCCAGCUUCGAAAAACCGAUGAGAAGAAUCAGGAGCCGCCACCUCCCGUUGCGACCUCGAGCCGGAACUCCCUGCUGAAGGCAGUGAGCAGCCCUCAGGCCUGCUGUGCGGCUCUGGCCGGCCUGCAGCAGAACCAGGCGAUUGCCAAGCCAGCUACCGAGAUCAUGCGACCGCUGGUUUUCUCCAUCAUCCAAGAGUCUGAGGAGUUCUCGAGGAUGAUCGACACCAAGAAGGAGGACAUUGUCGUUGCCUUCAUGGAGCAAUGCAGAGAGGGUGUAAGAGAUGCCCCUGGUCGAGAUUUUCAUCGCGACAUGAAUGGACUUUCGGCUCCACCAUUGGAGCUGCGGAUGCGUGAGAUUGAGGAAACCUCAGUUCGAGUCUUCGAGACACUCGCAAAACGUGCGGAACUGCUGGUGGAUUCAUUGACCAAGUCACCACCAGAGUUUUGGAAGGUUUGGACAACCUUCUACCCAGCGCUUGCGGAUUUUUCAGAGUCCAGCCCGAUCUUCGAGAGUGCGCUGUACUUUUUCAGGAGGCUGGGUGAACUCAUGCGCGAGCAAGAUGCACAGCUGACCCAGCAAAUGAUGACGGAUGUUGCUCUAGCUUCACUGGCCAAGGAAUUAGCACGAUCCCCUGAGAAGCGAGAUCUGCUGUGCGAUGUGGUUUACUCCUUCGUCCAGGAGGACACACUAAACCACAUCCUGACGUUGCGUGCGCUGAAAGAGAAGGUGGGCGACGACCUGGCAGUGUAUGUGCCGUGCUUGGCCAGCUUGAUCAAUCUAGAUGGUCAAGCUGGUCUUCUGGACGAACAUCUUCUGGACUUGUACAUCUACUAUGCUUUAAUGGCGAUACAAAGCCCCAAGCCCAGGGUCCGGGUGGCCGGCCUGGCGAUCAUCUGCAGCGUCACAGGCUGGUCUUCACAGCAUCAGCCGGUCGUGGCCCUGCUGCAGCACUUUUCUGCCCUCGCCAAUGAUGAGUGGUGGGAGGUCCAGGCCCAGCUGCUGCGACUGUCGGCUAAGCUUCUAGGUAGGCUCUCCACUGAGCGGGGCCAAGCCGUGGUCGGAGCAGAAGAUGAUGGCAGCGCCAGUGGUGCUAGCAGACUCGAAGAAGGUGCAGAGGCCAGUGUGGACGCCGUCAUUGAGGAGAUCCUGUCCAUCGUCAGCCGUCUUUUUGUCGUUAGCAACUCCAAGAACGUGCUGCAGGUUGGAUUAUCUGCUCUUGUGCAUGUGCUGCCUGACUAUCCGAAUCUGCUCCCAGUGUUUGUAGCUGUGCUUCUGGGGCAGACACCAGCUCUGCGGCAACGGCUUUUGCAGGAGCCUGCCGAGGGCGACGACAAAGCCGGCCGCACCUACGUGCAUGGCAACUUCACGUGCACUUACGAGGAGACAUGCUUGCCAGAGAUCUGGCCGCACUUGGAUAUUGCCAAGACGCUGACUAUGCAGCUAGAGGCUAGCCCGCCCGACCAUCUGGAGACAGAGCAUCUCGAGGUGCUGUUGGCCAGCUUGCCCUUCUUCUUCGACGAAGAUGAAGCAGACGAGUGGUUUAACAUUUUCGAGAAGGUAAAGAAGUAUGUCUUCACGGCUUUGGUGGAUCCGCAGCUCCAUUUGCUCAGCACGCAAAUCAUCCGCAAGUUCUGGGCAAGUGGUGUUGAGACGAUCGCGGCGAAGACAAGGGAAAAUUCCCUGGACAUGAUGGCAGAGACUCUCAGCAUGCUCUAUGAUGGUUCCGAGCGGGUAGAGGAGGCCUCAGUCAUUGUUUUUCUUCGAGAGAUGCGGGGUCGCGACGACGAUACCCAAGCAGAGGUGGAUCGCAUGAUCGAUCACUUCGCUGAGUCCCACCCAGACAAGUAUCAGGCAUCACAGCUGCACACAGUGUCCCAAGACUGA